AGUGCUUCUGAGAUGGCUGACACAGAGACUGGCAACCUGCAAGUUGUUCACUCUAGCCCAGAGAUCACAUUGAUGAUGUGGGGAAACCUAACUAAAAACCCAAGAUUUAAGACUUUUAACUUUGAGGAUAAAAAACAAGGAUUUGAACUACCGAAGCAGCUUGCCCUAUCGGACAUUGCCAUACGGAUGAUUAAGACAAAGUUUGAUCACUACUCGCAUCAUUGCAAGACAUACAAACUCAAGAAGAAACCCUCAGCGUUGAUUGAAGAGGUGGAUGUUGAACCAAAGACAGAAGAUGAGACAGAGGGGGAAAUUACUGAUCUAGAUGCACAGAAUAAUUCUGAAGAGACUGGAGACAGGGAAAAAAUAGAGAAUGAAGAAUCUACAGAAGAUGAAGAAAAGAAAGAUAAUGCAGAAAAACAAGAAGAGGAGACCAAGGUAGAGCAACCAGUUGCUAGUGACAAGUUGAAAUUUGUUAAGUACCCUACUAGUAGUGAGAGCAAGCUGAAUGCUACUUUAUCUGGAACCCUUCCUAUGGGACAGACCCUGGAUUCCAAGGCCAUUGCAACUGCAGCAGCUGCUGCCGAGACGCUGGGUGCACCUCCAAUAGGUGUCACUUUAAGUCUGCCAGACGAUGUCCUGUAUAGCGAAGAGCCGCAGAUGGCUUACUGGUGUCCCGAGCGCAAGCAGUGGCGACUUGAUGGUUUUGUGGACAUUAAGUAUGAGGAAGAGACGAGGGUUUUAUCAUUCAAGACUAUAAAUAGCGGACCGUUUGCAUGUAUUCAGGAUAGACAUAUCAAUAUGCCAUUCCAAAAGUGGGAAAUACAUCCAAUUGAACUUAAUCAUGCAAAACUCAUAAUCAUUGCAGCCAUUAUUGAGGUGGAGAUCGAAAUCAAGGGAGAAUUUUGCUGUUUCCGCCAAACACAAGACUCGGAACCAAAUCGAGAAUUGGAAUCUGUGCAGAACAAGUGGAUGGCACCUCAGCAACUUAUAAAGACUCUGUUCAAUGUUGGUAUUAACCUUUUUCCGGAGUCAGAUUCUAAGAAAUACGUCAGUAUUCAGGAAAAGGACUUGGACAAUGAGUUUGCUACUUAUCGUCAGAUGGCACUGACAGCAUCACACUUUGCAUAUGCUUGGAGCAGAUGGAACUCGGAGGCUGGGAGAGACAAGAUCAUCCUACAGGGAUGUGAGCAGCUUGAUGAGUUCACACCACCGCACGACAAGUGGUCGGUGCUGAUGAUGUCCAGCCACCGUGCUAUGAAGCUGAAGAUUUCAGAAGAGGACGAUGAAUUUUCUGAAGAUUUUGCAGAAGGAACUCAGUUCCAUGCUGACUUGUACCACAUGGUAUGUGACCUGUCAACAGAUCCAGGCCUGGAAAAGAUGAGGCAAUCGGAUUUCAUGUUUAUUGAUGCUGUUAGUCAGUUACUGAAAGCCACUAAGUUACUGACAUAUGCCUAGUACUUAAAAUUGAACCCAAUCUCCCAAAAAAAUUCAGUCAAUGCUGCAUCUACCAUUCCACACUUCUUACAUUCCAAAAUCCCUAUCUUAAUUAAUAUGUUAAUUUGUGGAGCAAUUGUAAUACUCAGUGGUAAGUUUUUAAGGACUUUAACCUUUUAAUUAAUGAGUAAUUGUUUUUUAACUAAACUAAAUUUAUCCGUCUAUGUUUUCCAUGCCAGAGGUUUCACCUUGAAUACAUUUAUUUAUAUAAAAGAUUCAUUUGUUUGAAUAAUUACACUAUAUUCCUUAAAAAACAAUUCUUUAAUAGUUUGAAUAUAUUUGCUGUGUACAAUAAAAGUGAUUCUAAAUAUUGAAAUAAAGGCUCUGUAAUUAUGUAUGCAGGGGUCCCAAGUUGGAAGAACCUAUUUCCAGGAGAUUCGUUUUAAUGACAUUGGGGCGCUGUAUAUUCUAUGAGGAAAAAAUAUAGGUACCAAACGAGGGGCCAGGCCCACCAUGAUUGGGGCUGAAGUAAUGACAUUUUUUUAGAAUAAGUACCUUUAGAAUUCGGAAAUGGCACUGUCAGACUGCGAAAAAUAAUCGGCAACCAAAGUUUAUUCCUAAAUACAUGUAAAAGAUUUGUGCAUUUCCAGGAGAUUUUUGCUUGUUUGCAGGCGUGCGGGAGACCAUACCAAUUUCCGGGGGACCCCUGUGUAUGCAAGGCCAAAUAUAUUACCAUCAUCAUCCUAAAGCAAUAAAAAAUUAAUCAAAAUAAUGAA